AUGGGCGAGAUAGUGCCCGUGCAAGCGCUCCUACUGGGGAUAUUGGCGUUGUGUCUCGUCAGACAGUUGCCAUGCGCGGCGGCGGAUAUGCCUUGCGUCCUCGAUGAACGGGGCAUGGGAAGCUAUCGGUUCCCAGAGCUGCCCCAGCUCAAGGGUUGGGUGGCUUCCCAAGAAACACAGAUUGUGGCCAUUGAUGACCAUCGAGCCGGCUUGGCCGUGGUUCAGCGUCAUCCUGUGACAGCGACCUGUCCAAAGGGCCGGGCCACUGUCAAACAAUACGUGUGUGAUAGAGCGCUCACUGGAGUGCAGCCCCGCGGCGCCGAGGGCUGGCUUGACCCGUGGUGCGUGACAGUCCAGCGCCACGAAACGCAGGCUGCCUGUCGCGCCGAAUGGAGCAAAAUGCCAUGCGCCACGAACCAAGUCCCCGUUCCUACCCCUGAACAAGCCGCAUAUCAGCGUCAUGAGAUUAUGGGC